AUGUGUGAUGGGGAUGAUCCGCCUCUUUUCGACCUCCAUCUAAUCCCAUUGGCUGAACUGACGGGACAGCAUGAUUUGAUUCUGGUCGAAUUCGAUCCAGCUUACAAGAGGUGGUGCUUUGCUUCUCGUUCAAAAUUUGUCAUCGCUCAGUCCCAGUCCGAUGAAGUCAAAUCACAUGAGACUCUACAUCAGAUCACCCAAGAACCAACUAGCGAGGUCUUACCCGAAUCGCCUAUCCCACCUCCGUACAGCUGGUCACAAACUUCCACAACAUUGACGAUUCAAUUUCCGAUUCCCGAACAACUUCCUACGAAAUCCUUUAACCUUAUUUUUGACGCCAAUCAAAUUACUUUAAAACUUCAAUCAACCUCUUUGACAACAGAUUUGGCAAAGAAGUUUGAUCAAUAUAUCCGUACUCUCUUCAAAUACUUCAAAACGUCUAUUGAUUCAUCCUCUUCAUCAGCUCUACUUCGACUUGAGCUUUGGGAUCAAAUUCAACCCAAGGACUCACUUUGGUAUACGAAUACUUCAGAUCAAGGUCAUACUACUCUUACGAUAGAGCUCGAAAAACGACACGAGCUACGUUGGCCACAAGCCUUUAAAUCUGAUGAUCAACUCGAUCAAGUCUUUGAUCCAGCUGACUAUGAAGCCAUUCGAUCCAGGCUCGAAAAGUAUACAACUGAUCUAGAUCUAGAUAGCAGUCUAAGCUCCAUUCAAAAACAAAAACAAGGUCUCGGUGCUAUACCUAUCACUGGAUCUACUUCGGGCCAACCACCUUCUACAGGUUUGGGUGGUAAGCAUAUCGGUCUAAGUAAUGCCGAAGUGGAUGAUGAGAUUGAUUCGGGAAAUCAGAGUCAAAGUCUUGGAGCGGUCUUUACAUGGUUAAGUCCAGUGAAUGGUGAUGAAUCAUUGGAAUCGAAACCUCAUUGGAUCACAAUCACACCUCAUGAGAUGAUACCAGUGGAGAUUAUCUCUAGAAGCUUACCGGUUCAUAAUCUCGAACCUGAAAUCCCAAGUUCCAACCUAUCAAGAUCAUCGAUCAUGAUUAAGAAUGAUAUAGACGGACUUGUAUUUGAGUCACCUAUCAGUUCGACUCGAUCGAUGUCACCUGUUUAUCAAUGGGAUCAUAUUCAAACCAUUCCUGCUAUGUCAUUUGUGAUGGCAUCAAAACGAGAUAUAAGAUUAAGUUGUUAUACAGAAGAUCAAACGAUCAUCUUUGAAGAUUCACGUGUAUCCAUGGAUGAUGAAGGUAAACAACAGAUUGGAAAUAUGAUGAUUUAUUAUCAUUCGAAACAUUCAAAAUCAAUUCAAUUAGAUCAAUCUGUUAUUAAACUGAAUCAAACCCCAUGUGGAUCUUUGAUUGGAGUGAUCGGUUUGAGAAACCAUCGUCAAGAUCAUUCAAAUGGUUUAAUCAUGGUUUGUUUAUGUGAAAAAGAAAUAAUUAUAUGUAAGAAUUUAUAA